AUGACAACAUCAAUGAAGAAGCAACAACUCUACGGUGAAUACAUCAAUCCAACGAUUGACCAAUAUUCACCAAAAAAAGAAAAUCCGUUAGUAUUAAUGGCUCAAGCAUGUAAUAAUAUUGGUAAAGAACUUUCAUCAUCAUCGGCAUCAUCAAUAUCAACAUCAACAUAUGCAAUGACAUCAAAACAACGAAAAUCAAAUUCACCAUCUGAAGGAAAAAAAUCUUUAAAACGUAGUGCACCUUCAACUUCAUCAAUAUCGCCAUCACCAGCAAAAAAAAUGGCAAUACCUUCAACAACAACAUCAUCGUCAUCAUCAUCAUCAUCUUCAUCAUCAUCAUCAUUACCUUCAACUAAUCAGCAAUCAUUUUAUUUGCCUCCAUCACCAUUUAUGUUUGAUUCACUUCUUCUUCAUCAUUUAAGUAAAACAUUUAAUGCAUCACCAUUCUUUUCCACAACAUCAUUUGGACCCUCAUCAAGUUCAGCUUUCACACCAUCAUCAAUAUCAUCUCAACGAUCUCCUUAUUUUAUGGAUUCGAUCUUAGCACCAUUAAAUCCAUCACCACAACCAGCAUUUGUUUGCAAUUGGAUGGAAUCCAAUAGUUCUGAUGGAUUUUGUGGAAAACGUUUUGCAAAUCAUAUGAAUCUACUUGAACAUCUUUGUACAGCACAUACAUCAUUAUCAUCGUCAAUGAAAUCUUCAUAUCCAACAUCUAUUUUCUCGUCUUACUAUUCACCUACAUCAGUAGGAAAACUUUAA